AUGCAUCACAAGGCUCACAAGAUGCAUCACGAGACUCACAAGAUGCAUCACAAAGCUCACAAGAUGCAUCCCGAGGCUCACAAGAUACAUUACGAGGCUCACAAGAUGCAUCACAAGGCUCACAAGAUACAUCAUGAGGUUCACAAGAUGCCUCACAAGGCUCACAAGAUACAUCACGAGGCUCACAAGAUGCAUCAUGAGGCUCACAAAAUGCAUCACAAGACUCACAAGAUGCAUCAUGAGGUUCACAAUAUGCAUCACGAGGCUUACAAGAUGCAUAACGAGGCUUACAAGAUGCAUCACAAGGCUCACAAGAUGCAUCAUGAGGCUCACAAGAUGCAUCACGAGGCUCACAAGAUGCAUCAUGAGGCUCAUAAAAUGCAUCACAAGGCUCACAAGAUGCAUCAUGAGGCUCACAAGAUGCAUCAUGAGGCUCACAAGAUGCAUCAUGAGGCUCACAAGAUGCAUCAGGAGGCUCACAAGAUGCAUCACAAGGCUCAUAAAAUGCAUCAUAAGGCUCACAAUAUGCAUGAUGAGGCUCACAAGAUACAUCACGAGGCUCACAAGAUGCCUCACAAGGCUCACAAGAUGCCUCACAAGGCUCACAAGAUACAUCAUGAGGCUCACAAGAUGCACCAUGAGGCUCACAAGAUGCAUCAGGAGGCUCAAAAGAUGCAUCACAAGGCUCAUAAAAUGCAUCAGGAGGCUCACAAGAUGCAUCACAAGGCUCACAAGAUGCAUCAUGAGGCUUACAAAAUACAUCACGAGGCUCACAAGAUGCAUCACAAGGCUAACAAGAUGCAUCAUGAGGCUCACAAGAUGCAUCAUGAGACUCACGAUGCAUCAUGA